UGCGUUUUGCAUUUAAGCGUAAAAGCCUUCCAUAUUAUUGGGAACCCAAAACUCCUAUUUUGUUUUUUCCUUGGAGAGCUUUGUAUUGCUCAUCAAUGGCGUUCAAGAAAACUCUAGCUGAGCGCCUCUUCAGAAUCUCCAAGAUAUCAAAUCAGUCCCUGUCCAAUUGUCGUAUUUCCUCUCCGGCCGUCCAGACUAGAAUCCCUCAAAACCCGAGCAAAUCCAACAUUUCUCCUGAUCCUGGAGAUAACGGCAUAUUCCGGCGGUUGUUCCACAAGGGAGCCGUUCUUCCGAGCUCUAAUUCGCCAGAGCUACUGUCGAUGCAAAUCGGGGAAUCUCUGGUGGAUAAACUCAGGUCUUUUGACAUUGCAAAGAAUAGGAUCAAAUUGGACGGUCUGAUACCGCCUGCAAUAAAGUAUCCAGAUGAAUCACGACCGGAGAAGGAAGGCUUGACAGUGGAGGAUGCGAGGAAGUUGUUGAGGGCGGCGCAAUUGGAAGUGGUGAAAUCGAGGCUAAGAGGGAUGGAGAAUAGCUGGACACUUUACCCCGAGUUCGUUCGGAUCUGCGGAGAAGGCUGUUCGGAUCUGGAACAAGGAAUCCGGAUAGCGAAAACGCUUGAUGAAUCCGGCACAGUAAUCGUACUGGGCAAUGUCGUGUUCCUCAAACCAGAGCAGGUGUUGAAAGCAAUUGGAGGACUAAUCCCAUUCCCAGCAAUCGGCCCCAACGAUCCAAGAAGAAAGGAACUAGAACACUUGGAGAAGCAGAAAGCUGCAAUCGACAAAAAAGCCGAUAAACUUGUUCGCCGAGAACUCUGGGGUGGGCUUGGUUAUUUUGUUGUCCAAACAGCCGCCUUCAUGAGGCUAACCUUUUGGGAACUCUCAUGGGACGUCAUGGAGCCUAUUUGCUUCUAUGUCACAUCAAUGUAUUGCAUGGCAGGAUACGCCUUUUUCCUCAGGACUUCCAAAGAGCCUUCUUUUGAAGGAUUUUACCAAAGCAGGUUUAAUGCCAAGCAGAAAAAGCUCAUGCAGCACCAUAAUUUCAAUGCGCAGAGGUACAACGAGCUUAGAAAAAUUCUUUACACGGGCUCCGCGUAUUCAGAACAGACGCCUGCCAUUUCUUCAAUUGAUCAAGAGACAAGCCUUGCUAAUACAAAUUGAAAGAUAGACAAACUUGGAAGAGAAACAUACAAUUUUGUUUAAUUUUAGCCUUUCGUCAUGUACUUACUUUUACAAAUUAGAUGCGGCUUCCUGUAACCUUAAUUGGAGAGUAUAUUGUAACCCUUAGUUUCCUUUUAUUAUUACUCUUUAUAUCAAAUGGAAAUAUAAAAAAUAAUUUAAUUCAAAGUU